AUGCCUCCAAAGAGAACUUUUAAACAAACCACUAAAAAGCAAAAACUUGCUAUAGUUAUGUUUAUAGAAAAUCCAAAAAAUUACAAUAUUAUUGAUAGAAAUGCAGCAACUAGUGCUCCUAUAAGUGGCAAGCCAAUAACCAAAAAUGCUGGCUUUGCACAAAUAGCUUUAUUUAGAAAAACAAAAUGUUCAACCUACUAUCUUGAAAAUUUUGGUUUAAAUAAUGAAAUAUUAGAAGACCAAAAUAAAAAUGAAUUAAAUAAUGAAAAAGAUAAUAUACGAAAUGAAAAAUCUUCAUUAUUAUUUAUAUUAGAUGAAAUUACAUUAGAUGAUGAAUUAGAUAAAACUUUGUCAAAUAAUGAUAAAUUAACUGUAAUUGCAAACAAGAAAACUUCUGUAAAAGAUAUAUAUUUUAGAACAAAACAAAAAAGUCUUCAAAAUGAACAAGAACAAAUUGCUAUUAAAAUAAAAAUAGCUGAAAUAAAAGAAUUUGAA